UCUUAUGGCUCCCGGAAGUUGGCCCGACGGAAAAUAAAAAUUCGUUGCGAAAUUCCGGGCGGAUAAUCCGUUGGAAGUGAUAUUAUGGUCCAACGGAUUAUUUUAUCUGGUUUUCGAGCUUCCUGCGGUGGCAUGUAGCGCCAGGGGGCCCAGGACAUGUCAGGAUUCGAGAUUGGAUGGAGGCCUAGAGCGGCCGAGCGGCCACCACAGACCACACAACCCACGGUAGAGAGCGAGAGCCAAGUAAGUGCAGCACGGGCACCACCAUGUCAACCGCCUCUCUUAUGCUAGAGAAGAAUGCUAGCUCCGACUGGGUGAUCAACAGGAUGAAGGGCACCAACUGGGGCGACAAACCGAACGUAGGCCAUGCUAGUCUGUUCCAGUUCUUGCCGGGGUUCUACGCUGGCAUGAGCGUAAAGGAGAGCGGCAAAUGCUACAGCGAGUCUGAUAGAAAUGCAGAGGCAGUCAAAGUUUACAAAAGCUUUGCUGUGCCGGCAUUCCUCCGCUGGUUGGUAGAGAAAUACGACUUCACCACUACCCCAGCUUGGCUCACGAAGGACAUCAUGGGCCGCAACUCGAUGGGACCUAAAAUCUUGCUGGAAGCGGCCAAUAAAGGCACACAGGGAAAACUUUAUGAUGAAACCGAGGCGUCGCUCUGGCGUACAAGAUUCGGGGAUGUCUUGUUAGCCCUACGGAGCGACUGGAACCAGACGAAGACAUCAACAACAAUUUAUGUUGUUUUGCGAAAUGCGUCCAUCUAUAAUUUGUGUGUACGUGUGGGCCAUCGCUUCGGCGGUGCAAUCAAGUAGGGAUACAGUCAGCGAGACCUGACUUGUUCGUGGUUUUGGUAUAUUUUGUGAGUUGGGUUGUUUUCCUUGGCAUCGCGUGCCGAGCGGAGCCGAUGAGCUCUAGGCUAUUUCCUUUUCCGGAUUUGUGCCCCAAUUUCUCGUGCAGUAUCCCGUUUUCUGUCCAUGUUCUUUUUCCUUUGUAUUUUGGAGAAGUUUGUAUCGUUUUCUGGGUAGUUGGCCAGUGAGCACGGAAGGCGUGGGCGCCAGUUGGACCGGUACGGAUGUUACAAGGCACUGAGCAAAGUUCUGAAGUAUUUGUUAGUUCAGGCAACAUUUCCAUAUCUAUUUGAAGCGGCCGUGGUAGCGGGGGCGGAGGGGGAGCUAACCGUCCCCCGCAAUAUCCUUUCAGAACGCCCCGGGGAGCGCACGUACUCUCGUUCGUUAUCCAGGGCACGGGGCGGAAGGUUCAAAGGCGUUGUUCUUGUCUAUUUUGGGGACCUACAGGCACACCAAAGUAUUGGGCACGCGGACUGCUUGCGCCAUGACCCACGAUGUUGUGCUGUCCAGAGGGUUCCGUCUGUUUAGCCUGUAUGUUUUUUAAAGUUUAGGUAUGAUCUGGCAGUAACCUAGCUUGGUCGGUAGUCUUUUGGCACCGGCAGGGUUCAGGUGUUGCGCACCCGCAGACUUUUGCCUGUAGCCAGGAGUCCCGAUGUGUACUUGAGCUGUAGACACGGCCACCCCUUAAUCUAGACAAGCAUCAGCUUCGACACCAGUGUCAACCGAUCCCUGUUGGUUUUCGAGAAAAAACGCCCCGGGGCGAACUCGCAUAUCAGGGAUCGAUCCCCCCCGACAGAAAACGAACUCCAACUUGUCGCGUUUCCCCGCCUCUGCUUCAUUUUGACGGGAGCACUACGAUUGACCAGGGAAUCGGUACUGGCUGCACGGCGGGCCAAUACUGUGUAAGUGCCAUGUGUCAGGGUUAACAGAAAAUCGAAUUCUACAUUUAGCAACCUCGCGCGGUCUGCCUGCCAUCGACUCGGCGCUCUUGGAUCAAUACUUGCGACAAUUGAACAUGCCGUCCUGCGGGAGGGAAGUCGUGUACCGCCAUAAAAAAAUUGAGAGGGGAGCGAGCGUGGAUACCGUUCCCAGUGUCGCCAUGAUAUUCACCAUCCGUUCCUAUCUCUGCUUGGCACCUUACAUCAUCCGGUCCAAAACACGCGGAUGUCUUCCGUGGUCACAGACCAGCUACCCAGAUUUCCGGCACACACAAUGCACUCGAUAGUCAGAAGAGAAAGCCAAAACGGUCCAGGUCUUGGCAUACACCUUUACAUAUUAAUAAAAAACAAGGUCCCAGUCAGACACAUCGGGCGGAGGUAUAAGUAGGAACAUUCUCGUUCGGUAGGCGGUGCCAAACCCCUUCACGCAGACAACAUUAAAAGUCCACGAUUCUGAUCUAUUCCUCCUACAUUCACCGCUGGGGUUGCCACUGCCAUGCCACUUGCGGUGGUUCUAGUCACCCACUUCACUCAGCCGUCGACCAACAGGCGACUCAGAUAGUGUUCCAAGGUCCGGUUACAGAAAACAUAGAGCGUAAAAUACCAAACAGGGAGAGCGGUGAACUGCACCUAGAUCACGGCGUACCACAUACACAAACAGUGGACGGGCACAAAACACAACCUCGUACCGGGUACACUGUAAAUAAGACGUUGUAACCAGCACCUGCACGCUGCCUGCAUAACCUACCCGGUCCGGUAAACUGAUGCAAAACCUUAUAUAAACCAUUUCCAUUUUGUGUACUUGGAUUUCAUAGCGGCAUAUCAUGUAACGGUGCCUUCCAUGAAGUGAAUCAGUCGAAUCCCUGAGAAUGCACUCUAAAACACAGAGGAAGAAAGCCACGAUACUAAGGACAUGUAGUACGGCUCCUCCAGCGAACCCCCUCCGAGCGUGAAACAACCAAGCCGGUUUGGCAUACAGUUCUCAGGCUGAACGAAAACACGCGCGUAAAAGAAAAGAAAUUCACGCACACCAAACCAAAAAAAGCGCCACGUGCAUAUAAGCCAGUCGUGGUGUGUCUGAGCCACCGAAUGUCGUU